UCCUUCAUCGCCAUAUUCCGGUUCAUGGCCAAGUACCCUGAGCACGCGGAGAAGGUGUAUGCUGAGCUUCAAACCGUUGAUAUCCACGAUGCCAAUGCGCUCGCUUCCCUGUCCCAUAUGACUGCAGUCAUUAAGGAGUGCUUACGACUGUUGCCCCCGGUUCUCACGGGUAAUGGUCGAGUCACUGGUCCUGGGGGCUUGGUUAUUGAUGGCACAUUUAUCCCCGCGUACACUAAAGUCAACGCUCCCAAAGACGUAAGUAAAAUUCCUGAAGCCUUCAUACACCCAGACGACUUCAUCCCCGAGAGAUGGUACUCUCGACCGGAACUCAUCAUCGACAAGCGCGCCUUUCGUCCCUUUGGCGUCGGAAACCGCACCUGCGUCGGCAAGACGUUCGCAUGGCUGGAGCUUCGUCUCGUGACUGCGAUCCUAUUGCAUCAUUUCACGGUCGAGUUUGCGCCGGGAUACAAUGAGGAUGACAUCUUCACAGGACUGAAGGACCAUGUCACUGCGCAGCCGGGAAGAACAAUGUGCUUGUUCCAUCCUAGGACGGCAGCAAAGUAA